AGGAAACAAACGAAUGGGGUGUGUGUCGUUUUGAUAAAGGUGAAACGGUGCUGGGGGUGUUAAACCAAAUCGAGGAGAAACGAAUCGGGACUGGUUUGCGUUGCGAGUGAAGAGCGAAGAUGGCGUGCUUGCACGACCACAGUUGCGAAGACCAUGACUGUUCCUCUGACUGGUCUCUCUACAAACACAUCGACCUCUCCAAGGUAUCUGCUUUGAAUGAGGCAACUCCAGGCAGUGUUAAGUCAGUUUUUAAAGCUUGGGAAGACCGUCUGAAUUCUUCUGGGGAACACUUGGAAAGCAAUGAAGGGGAUCCCGAGUUACUUGUAUUCAUUCCAUUUACUUCAGAUGUCAAGAUUAAGAGCAUAUCCAUUGUUGGUGGAGCUGAUGGAACAAGCCCUUCGAAGAUGAGGGCGUUCAUCAAUCGGGACGGUAUUGACUUUUCAGAUGCACAAGGCAUGCAAGCCAUUCAGGAGUGGGAUUUGGUUGAGAAUAUGCAAGGAGUAUUGGAAUACCAGACAAGAUAUUCUAAAUUUCAAAGUGUGGCAAAUAUUACGUUGCAUUUUCCUGACAAUUUCGGAGGUGACACUACUAAGAUAUACUAUAUUGGGUUUAAAGGCGAAGCCACUCAGUUAAAAAGGGAUGUGGUUGCUACUAUUGUUUAUGAGCUAAUGCCAAAUCCUUCUGACCAUAAGACUCGUGCUGAGAGUGGCGGGGGACUUUCGCACGUGGAAUGAAAUGCAUUUAUGAAUGCUAUUUUGUUACAUGAUAACCAUAGCAAGCCAAAAAAAGUAGUGAAAUAAUUUAGUCCUGGAGUCCAUGUAAAUUACACAAGAAUUUCUGUGGCUACAUGCUAGUCAUUUGGGUGAUAAAUAUGACAAUUUAAAAUGUCUUAUAGAACAAAUGAAAAACUAUGCAUUAUCAUUUGUUCCUCUAUGCCAUUGGAAGAAUAUGUCCUUUUGGAAAAGAGAAAUGAAAAGGUUAGGUUAUGCUUUUUAUUCGUAUGAAAUUGGUACAAAUUGCCAAUGUGUUAGAUGCAAUGACUUUUCUU